AUGGAAAGUGUCCCAGGAGACUACAGCAAACGGGUGUAUCAAGGCGUGAGAGUGAAGCACACAGUCAAAGAUCUACUGGCUGAAAAACGGUCCAAGCAGACAAGUAGCUCAAGAUUUAAUGGCAGUGUCAAUUCCGCUCAGUCUCCAUUUGGCACGAUGCCAGGCUCCCCGGUGAUGUCAGGUUACUAUGGUGUCAGGAGAUCCUUCCUAUCUGACUCGGACUUCCACAACACUAAGCAGUUUGCAAACGACGCCUGCAGCCCAAGCGUGGCGAAGCCCUUCGCCUGCGAGUCGGCGGCAGGGCAGAGCCACGCGGCCUGCCUGGACGCCUACUUCCCGGAGCCCUACGGGGACCACCGGCCCACGGCCCUGACCCCCAACAGCAGCUCCCUGUUCAGCGCCUCGCCCCUGCCUCCGCUCCUGCCGCCACCCUUCCCCAGCGACCCCGCGCACUUCGUGCUGAGGGACUCCUGGGAGCAGACGGUGCCCGAAGGCCUCAGCCAGCCAGACCCUGUGCCAGCCGAUGCCCUGCAGAGCUUGGCACCCAGCACAGGCUGCCUCUCCCAGCUAGAGUCGGGGAGCAUCGCCCAGCACAGGAGCUCAAGCUGGGGGGCCCCCCUGGCCGGGGUUCAGUCGUACUCGCUGCACACACUGGAGGAUCUGUACCACACGCAGGGGUACCCCACCCCACCCCCCUACCCCUUCACCUCUUUCAUGACGAUGUCCAAUGACCCACCGCCCAAGGUGGGGCCCUUCCCCCCAGAUGAGGGGGCAGACACCUCUGCCCUCCAGGACCCUUCUCAGUGGACCAAAGACGACAGCAACCUGGCAUGGGGGGCGUACGAGUGCCGCCGAGCUUACUGA